AUGAAACAACAGUCUUGGCACAAGAGUAGCUCAAGAACUAGUCUUAAGAGCGAUAGAUUACCCAAUUUAAAAGAAAACUAAAGACAAUCUUCAAUGAAGAAUUCUCAUCACUAUUCCAAUUCCAUCUCAAAUAAACAGUAAAUACUUAAAUCAUUUAAAAAUUAUCAGAUCAGCAACAGAGUUCAAAAAGUCUGUUUGCUAAUUAAAUCAUUAAUAGAGAUGAAUGAUAUGACAUUCGAUUAUGAAAACCAGUAAAUGACAUAACAAAUUUAAGCUGUGUCUAAUACUCCAAUUAAAAUAACAGAAGACUAAGAUGAUUUUAUCGUCAUCCAAAAUCAAGAAUAACAGCUUAGAUCUCAUCCUUAUGAUGGCUAAUUGACGUUCAAUCCUCAUGAGAUUAGUGAUAUAAAACUGGUGACUUAUCAAUAAAACUUUAUGAUGACAGAAAAUGAGACUCCUGUAAAUAUCCUAGAUAACGUUAAGAGACAACUUUUUUAAGAUGAUGAAGAUCUUAGCAAAAGUAAUGCUAAAUAAGACAAUAACUUUUCCGAUACAAAUGAUUCUUUGUGCGUGAGCCCCAACAACCAGCUAAACAUAAUGUCAUAGUAGAGUUUUGCAUAGGAUUAAAAUUCUACACCAUUCACUAACAACCAGAUAGUGGAUAGUCCAGACAUAAAGAUUUUUAAAACAAGUGUAUUUAAUAAUCACAACAAUGAGAUUCAUAACUAUCCAUUCCUAAAUAGUAAUGAGAACAGAGUAUUUGCUUCAUAACAAAUAGCUUAUUCUAGAGACUAUAUGAGAUCAAGCACACCAUUAGUCGUGAGAAACUUUGUAGAUGAUAGGUCUAGUAUGGUAAAUACUGCAAUUAGCUAAGAUAAUUAUUCAUUGAUCUCUAAAGGGUAACCUAGCUAAAGGAGAAGAGAUUAAUCAGCAUCCUAGACUAGAUUGUAAAUGCCUUAAGGGCGAUAAAGAGAUCAAUUCGAGGUUAAACUUAAAAAUAUAAUCGCAAGUGUUAAGCUAUAAUGUUCAAACUCUGAUUAUAUUAUAAACAAUUUGAAAGUUAUCUUUUUCGAUCAUUCUUAAUUUUUCGAAGGAGGGAUUAUGGGAAGUCCAUUAUAACCAAUUAAUCACAAUCUGAUGACUCAAUAUUGCUUUCAUUAAUUCUUGAAGAAAUAUGGUUUAGUGUAUGAUGCUUCAACUUCUAAUAACUUCGAAAUGAUAUUCUAAUAAUGCUGCUCUAAGCAGACAAAAAAACUUGAUUUUAAGCAGUUUGGAACUGUAAUUGCUAAGAUCGCAUUGAAGAUUUAUGCUGAUAACUAUGAACCUUAAUAUUUGCUAAUGAUGGAUCCCCUAGAUUUCUUUUUAAAGUUAGUCUAUGAGUAUCUAUUCAAUCCCUUGCAAGAUUCAAGUCAAUAAAGUUAUGUGUAGGCAGAUAAGAGUAAAAGUAUCAAAGUCCUUCAAUAAAAUAUAGAUAAUGAUUUCCAGAAGUAUAAGAAUGAAUUCGAUAGCUAGGGGGCGUAGUUUAAGCAAAUGAUGAGAGAUCUUCAGAUAAUACCACACAUUACAACAGAAUACAAAUGUGGCUAAUUGUUUAAGUAUCUAGAUCAGUAAAGAAAUUCAUCAAAAGGACUUGCAGAAGAGAUAAUGUCAAUGAAUAUAUUUCCCUUAAGUAUGUAUAUCUUGUUCAGUUUGACACUUGAAGAUGAUACAAUAACUAAACAGAAAGUAUAAUUUAUAGUUAAGUGGCUUCGAGAUCACUCUAAAGAUAGAGUUAUUUCUUUACAUGCUAAAAUGGCUGAACAGAGAACUUUGCAUGCUAAUUAAUAUCAUUAAAUGUCUAAAAACAAAAACUACAAGUAAAAGUCUAACUAAGGCCCAUAAGGUGGCUUUAAGUCAGGCUCCAGAUAGGUGAGAAAGUUUGAAGAGGUAAUAGGUGGCUUCUUUGACGCUGAUGGCUUCUACAUUCUUCCAGAUGGAGAUUUCUAUGAUCAAGAUGGUUACUAUUUCAACAAGGAGGGAUAUGAUGAGUUCGGAGGAUACUAUGAUGGUUUGUAUUACUUCCCAGGACCAGGAAAUAAGCAUGAAUUUGAAGAUCUUUAUGAUGAAGAAGAUGAUUUGAUUAGACAAUUUGAAGCAAAGGUUGACUUUGUAGAGGAGGAUGAUGAAAUCCAGGAAAGACUCUACAGAGAGUUUAAAAAGAAAGAAAAGCAUAUCUAUGAUAAUGUAUACAAUGAUUUGGAUGAAGAGGAAGAUUUUGUUGAAGAAACAAAGUAGGUUGAUGUGGUUCCUAUACCUAAGAUGUCAGUACAAUCUCAAGCAUUCGUUCCUAAUAGAAAAGCAUAGCAAAACCCUCAAGCAGAAGUUCAAGUUAGUCAGAAUAAAGUGGAGCAAUAAACAAAGAAUGAAUAGUCACAAAAAGAAGAAACAAAAUAAGUUGAAGAAAUCAAGGAGAGCAAAGAUGCCAAUGUAACUGAGUAGCCUAAAGCAUAAAAGAAAUAAUAGGAGAAGAAAAAUCAUAAGAAUAGCUAACAGAAAGUUGAGCAAUAGCCAGUAAAAACAUAACCAAAGCCUAAAGAAACUAAAAUAGAGGCUCCUGCACAUUUUGGAGGUUGGGGUGCAAUCAAAUUUUGA